AUGAGGGGCCAGGCCGCCGCCCCGGGCCCCCUCCGGACCCUGUGCCCCCCGCUGCUGCUGGUGCUGCUGGUGCUGGGGCGCCGGGCGCGGGCGGCCAUGGGGGCAGACGCGGGGCCCGGGGUCGAGCCGUGUGCCACGCUGGUGCAGGGCAAGUUCUUCGGCUACUUCUCGGCGGCUGCUGUGUUCCCCGCCAACGCCUCGCGCUGCUCCUGGACCCUGCGCAACCCCGACCCUCGGCGCUACACGCUCUACAUGAAGGUGGCCAAGGCGCCCGCGCCCUGUGGCGGCCCUGGGCGCGUCCGCACCUACCAGUUCGACUCCUUCCUGGAGUCCACGCGCACCUACCUGGGCGUGGAAAGCUUCGAUGAGGUACUGCAGCUCUGUGACCCCUCGGCGCCCCUGGCCUUCCUGCAGGCCAGCAAGCAGUUCCUGCAGAUGCUGCGCCAGCAGCCACCUCUGGACCGAGGCCCCCGGCUGCCGGGGGGUCCCCCGGGCCCCAGCGACGACUUCUCCGUGGAGUACCUGGUCGUGGGCAACCGCAACCCCAGCCGGGCCGCCUGCCAGAUGCUGUGCCGCUGGCUGGAUGCCUGUCUGGCGGGCAGCCGCAGCUCCCACCCCUGCGGCAUCAUGCAGACCCCCUGUGCCUGCGUGGGCGGGGACACCGGCGACUCUGCCCCCGGCUCCCUGGCCCCCCGCGGGGACGUCUGCCUGAGGGACGGCAUGGCUGGCGGCCCUGAGAACUGCCUCACCAGCCUGACCCAGGAUCAGGGCGGGGAUGGCGCAGCAGGUGGCUGGAAGCUGUGGUCCCUGUGGGGCGAGUGCACUCGGGACUGCGGGGGAGGCCUACAGACGCGGACGCGCACCUGCCUGCCGGCUCCCGGCACCGAGGGCCACGGCUGCGAGGGGGUGCUGGAGGAGGGCCGCCUGUGCAACCGCAAGGCCUGCGGCCCGGCCAGCCGCACCAGCUCCCGAAGCCAGUCCUUGCGAUCCACAGACGCUCGGCGGCGCGAGGAGCCGGGGGAGGAGCUGCAGCAGUUCGGGUUCCCGUCCCCACAGACAGGUGACCCCGCAGCCGAGGAGUGGUCCCCGUGGAGCGUGUGCUCCAGCACCUGCGGCGAGGGCUGGCAGACCCGCACGCGCUUCUGCGUGUCCUCUUCCUACAGCACGCAGUGCAGCGGGCCCCUGCGCGAGCAACGGCUGUGCAACAACUCGGCGGUGUGUCCAGUGCAUGGCGCCUGGGACGAGUGGUCGCCUUGGAGCCUCUGCUCCAGCACCUGUGGCCGUGGCUUCCGAGACCGCACGCGCACCUGCAGGCCCCCCCAGUUUGGAGGCAACCCCUGUGAGGGCCCUGAGAAGCAAACUAAGUUUUGCAACAUUGCCCUGUGUCCUGGUAGGGCCAUGGAUGGAAACUGGAACGAGUGGUCAAGCUGGAGCGCGUGCUCCACCAGCUGCUCCCAGGGCCGGCAGCAGCGCACACGGGAGUGCAACGGGCCUUCCUAUGGGGGCGCCGAAUGCCAGGGCCACUGGGUGGAGACUCGAGACUGCUUCCUCCAGCAGUGCCCAGUGGAUGGCAAGUGGCAGGCCUGGGCAUCGUGGGGCGGCUGCAGUGUCACGUGUGGGGGCGGCACACAGCGACGGGCGCGCGCCUGCUCCGGCCCAUUCUUCGGGGGGGCAGCCUGCCGGGGCCCGCAGGAUGAGUUUCGGCAGUGUGGCGCCCAGCGGUGUCCUGAGCCCCAUGAGAUCUGUGACGAGGACAACUUUGGCACGGUGGUCUGGAAAGAGACUCCGGCAGGAGAGGUGGCUGCCGUCCGGUGUCCCCGCAAUGCCACAGGCCUCAUCCUGCGACGCUGUGAGCUGGACGAGGAGGGCAUCGCCUACUGGGAGCCCCCCACCUACAUCCGUUGUGUCUCCAUCGACUACCGGAACAUCCAGAUGAUGACCCGGGAGCACCUGGCGAAGGCUCAGCGUGGGCUGCCUGGGGAGGGAGUCUCCGAGGUGAUUCAGACGCUGGUGGAGAUCUCCCAGGACGGGACCAGCUACAGUGGGGACCUUCUUUCCACCAUUGAUGUCCUGAGGAAUAUGACGGAGAUCUUCCGGAGGGCGUACUACAGCCCCACCCCUGGGGAUGCGCAGAACUUUGUGCAGAUCAUCAGCAACCUGCUGGCGGAAGAGAACCGGGACAAGUGGGAGGAGGCUCAGCUGAUGGGCCCCAAUGCCAAGGAGCUCUUCCGGCUGGUGGAGGACUUUGUAGGCGUCAUUGGCUUCCGCAUGAAGGACCUUCGGGACGCGUACCAGGUCACAGACAACUUGGUCCUCAGCAUCCAUAAGCUUCCGGCCAGUGGAGCCACGGAUAUCAGCUUCCCCAUGAAGGGCUGGCGGGCCACGGGCGACUGGGCCAAGGUGCCAGAGGACAGGGUCACGGUGUCCAAGAGCGUCUUCUCCACAGGGCUGGCAGAGGCUGAUGACUCGUCUGUGUUCGUGGUGGGCACCGUGCUCUACAGAAACCUGGGCAGCUUCCUGGCCCUGCAGAGGAACACGACCGUGCUGAACUCCAAGGUCAUCUCCGUGACUGUGAAGCCCCCACCCCGCUCCCUGCUCACGCCCCUGGAGAUUGAGUUUGCCCACGUGUACAACGGCACCACCAACCAGACCUGUAUCCUGUGGGACGAGUCGGAUGUUACUGAGGCACCAGGAAGCAGGGGUCGGUGGGAUGACCUGGAGGGCACCCGAAUCACUGGGCCUUUGGGGUCAGGAGGCCUGCGAGAUGCCUGGAAGCCGGUGACGGGCUUGGCGAUGGUCGCCGUGCUGGUGCCGAGGGGCCGAGGCGGCCGCAGUCGGGACGCUCACGGUGGCGGUGACGCGGGGACCAAGGAGGCCAGCGGUGGUGGGACGGCGGUGGUGAUGCGGGUGAUGGUGGCACUCAUCAACUUUUGCUUGUCCAUCAUCUCCUCCAAUGCCCUCAUCCUCAUCGGGCAGACCCAGACUCGCAAUAAGGUGGUGUGCACGCUCGUGGCUGCCUUCCUGCACUUCUCCUUCCUGUCGUCCUUCUGCUGGGUGCUCACUGAGGCCUGGCAGUCCUACAUGGCCGUGACGGGCCGCCUCAGGAGCCGCCUCAUCCGCAAACGCUUCCUCUGCCUGGGCUGGGGGCUUCCUGCGCUGGUCGUGGCCAUUUCUGUGGGAUUCACCAAGGCCAAAGGGUACAGCACCAUGAACUACUGCUGGCUCUCCCUGGAGGGGGGACUGUUGUACGCCUUCGUGGGACCGGCCGCCGCUGUUGUGCUGGUGAACAUGGUCAUCGGGAUCCUGGUGUUCAACAAGCUUGUGUCCAAGGAUGGCAUCACAGACAAGAAGCUGAAGGAGCGGGCAGGGGCCUCACUCUGGAGCUCCUGCGUGGUGCUGCCCCUGCUGGCGCUGACCUGGAUGUCGGCCGUGCUCGCUGUCACCGACCGCCGCUCAGCCCUCUUCCAGAUCUUGUUCGCCGUCUUUGACUCGCUGGAGGGCUUCGUCAUAGUGAUGGUGCACUGCAUCCUGCGCAGAGAGGUCCAGGACGCCGUGAAGUGUCGCGUGGUGGACCGCCAGGAGGAGGGCAACGGGGACUCGGGGGGCUCCUUCCAGAACGGCCAUGCCCAGCUCAUGACUGACUUCGAGAAGGACGUGGAUCUGGCCUGUAGAUCAGUGCUGAACAAGGACAUUGCGGCCUGCCGCACGGCCACAAUCACGGGCACGCUCAAGCGGCCGUCGCUGCCCGAGGAGGAGAAGCUAAAGCUAGCCCACGCCAAGGCGCCCCCCGCCAACUUCAACAGCCUGCCAGCCAACGUGUCCAAGCUGCACCUGCACGGCUCGCCCCGCUGCCCGGGCGGCCCCCUGCCCGACUUCCCCAACCACUCACUGACCCUCAAGAAGGACAGGGCACCCAAGUCCUCCUUUGCCGGUGAUGGGGACAUCUUCAAGAAGCUGGACUCGGAGUUGAGCCGGGCUCAGGAGAAGGCCCUGGACACCAGCUACGUAAUCCUGCCCACGGCCACAGCCACGCUGCGGCCCAAGCCCCAGGAGGAGCCCAAGCACAGCAUCCACAUCGAUCAGAUGCCCCAGACCCGCCUCAUCCACCUCAACAUGGCACCUGACGCCGGCCUCCCUGCCCGCAGCCCACCCACCCGCCAGCCCCCAGGCGGUGGGCCCCCGGAGGCCCCCCCUGCCCCGCCCCCACCACCCCCACCGCCCCCCCCCCCGCCACCCACCCUGGAGCCAGCGCCCCCCAGCCUGGGGGAGCCUGGGGAGCCCGCUACCCACCCGGGGCCCAGCUCGGGGGCCGGGACCAGGAACGAGAACGUCUCCACCUUGUCUGUGAGCUCCUUGGAGCGGCGGAAAUCGCGGUAUGCAGAACUGGACUUCGAGAAAAUCAUGCACACGCGGAAGCGGCACCAGGACAUGUUUCAGGACCUGAACCGGAAGCUGCAGCACGCGGAGAAGGACAAGGAGGUGCUAGGCCCAGACAGCAAGCCAGAAAAGCAGCAGACACCCAACAAGCGGCCCUGGGAGAGCCUUCGGAAAGCCCACGGGACGCCUGCGUGGGUGAAGAAGGAACUGGAGCCGCUGCCGCCGUCCCCACUGGAGCUGCGGAGCGUGGAGUGGGAGAAGUCGGGCGCCACGAUCCCGCUGGUGGGCCAGGACAUCAUCGACCUCCAGACCGAGGUCUGAGCAGGUGGGCGGCAGCCAUGCACCGGGCCACGAGGAGGGAUGCUGCUCUGCCCGCUCCUGCCCGCUCCUGCCACGGGACGGGCACAGACAUGCUCUCGGGCUGUGGGCCAGGCCCGCGUCCCGGCCUCAGGGUGCUCGGAUGGCGGCCAGGCGGAGGCCCGCAGUGCUGGGACCAGAGCCAGACGGGACAGGAGGCACCGGCGGCCCACGUGGGCACAGGGCUCCAGAGGCUGGAAGGUGCCUCAGACUCCGCCCUCCUCCAGCCCCGCGCGCCGGCGGGCAGGCGGGCGGGCCGCGCACAGGGGCCGGGCCAGGUGCGGCCAGCAUCCCCGGGAUGCCUGACGAGCUGCCGCAGCAGAGGACCAGCCUGCUUGGCCCAGCUGGCCUGGCACCAUUUUUUAGACAUCCUUACCCCUCGGGAAGCAGCCCCCCCACCUUUCCAGGGCCCGGGGCCCCUCCCCAGACCCAGGUGGAGAGCACAGCCCUUGCUCACCUGUGCAGACCCCAGGGGCAGGACUAGAAGCCCACUCCGGGAAGAGCAGGGGUGGGGAAUCUAUUUUUUCUCUCCUUUUCUUUUCUUCAAUAAAAAGAAUUAAA